AAGAGCCGGGCCGAGCCCGCAGUUGGGCCGAGCUGCACCACGGACGCGGCUGAGCACGGCCCCGGCCCCAGGGGCCCGCAGCCCCCCGCAGAGGAGCCCGCCGGAGCUCUCCUGACCCAAAAGGCUCAGUGGUUAAGAUCCAGCAAGCCCUGAGGCCCAUCACUGCUGUAAAACCUACUGCAUCAGUGACUGACAGAUCCCAGCUGAUUGACUUGUCUAUGGUCUUCCCUGGGCCAGGAUCAAAGAUGCCAUCUCCACAUAGAGAGUCAACACCUAGAAGUCUCUCUUCCAAAUCUGGAACGCAAACCCAGCUUGUGCUGUCAGAAAGCCCAGAAGAGGAUGAAGAAAACUCAAUGAAAAAUCCAUUUACAAUCCCUCCAGAUAUUCACUCGAUAAGGGAGGAGGAAAGAAGAAAGGUUAAGGCGGAACGUGAAAGGAUGAAGACCAGGAAAAUCCAUGAGAAAAUUACUUACUCCACUAAAAUAAAAGCAAAGCAAAAAGGGUUCAGGAAAGCUCUGCAAAAGGAGGAAGAGGAGGUCAGAAAACAAGUAACAAAUGAAGAGAGACUGAAAACUCUUCAGCAGAGUCUUUCGUGGAAGAUGGCCUUUAAUAAAGAGUACCCAUUAGAAAAGGAGACCUUCCGUGACUACAUAAAUGACAGAAGAGAGAUAUUUUUACUAGAGUAUGCCAUAGCAAUAAAGCGGGAUGAGAUUCAAAGGAUGGAGGACAUAGCAAAGGACGAGGAAAGAAAACUGGAAAAGGCUGAAUACUACCUGGAGAAGGAUGCUGCCAUGUUUGACGAGUUCCUGAAGGAGAACCAUAAAAACUCUGUUCAAGCCCUGAAAAUAAAUGAAAAAGAAACCACAACAAAGACAAAGAAAAUAAGAGAGAUCCAAAUGAUCACUUCCCAAAUAGAGAACCUCCAAAGUGAUAUUGCCAAGUUGAAGAAUACUCUGCAGGAAUACAGGACGUACAGGGACUUCCUCUAUCAGCUGUCUCCAAAGGAGUGGCAGGAGAAACACAGAACAAAGGAAAAGGAUUUGAAGGCAGCAUCCAAAGCUACUGAAGAAAGCACCUUGCCUCCCACCACCGCAGAGCAGGGUGAGUGCCAGGGAAGGGCUGCCCCCUCCUCACUGGGAUGGUCCCCCGGUCUCGGUGUACAUCUCUUCUUGCCUCCAGGUCUGACAGCCAGGACAAAUGCUGCCGCUCUCCAUAGCGCUAGUUACAUAGAUGUGCCAAGUUCCCUGCUGUCUUCAGAAAGUCUGGAUUUCAGGUCGUUACCUGAGAUCAAGCCACAGCACAGAAAUUUCCUGAAGCCUCUACUGACAAGGAAACUAAGUCCACUGGAGGAUGCAGAAAGCGAAACCUGCUCAGAUGAAGAUGAGCUCCAGGGGCCUGAGCUGUAUUUUACUGAUCCCCAACAACUGCUGUCUAUUUUCGCGGAGAUGGAGGAAGAGAACUUGUCUUUCAUCCAAAAUUCCAAGGAGAUUGAGGAAAGUUUGGACAAGAUCCAACACACUUUCAUCACCACACAUGAAAGCACGGAGAAGAAGUUAGCAGAGCUGAAACAGCAGGUAGCUGCCCUCAAAUCCUCCAUCACCAAGGAAGAAGAGAAAAUAGCAGAGCUGGAGCUCAAAGUUCGCCUCUUUUACCCACGAGAAUCUGAAACUGAUGUCCAGGACCAAAUACUCACAAGCCUGAACAAGAAGGUGCUGGAAGUCUAUUGCCACUGCACUGGAGAAAGCGAGGCAAACCUGCAGACACUGCAGAUGCUAAUGGUGAUAGAAAAACAGCUCUAUGAUUUACUGGACGACCUGGAGAAAAUCCCACCAGAAAAGUUAGAACAGGCUCAGAAAGCCAAAAAAAAGGAAUGGAGGAUAAGGCUCAGAGAGGAAAAGCUGAGGCAACAGAAGCAGUAUCAGGAGGAAAAAUUGCAAAGGAUUCUGGACAGAUCACAGGCAACUAUUAAAAAGAAGAGCGACAGGAGGCUGGGGCCUCGUUCCAACCCCCCUGCCACAAAAGAGGAGAAAAACCACAGCCAAGAAGAAAUGGAUAAGGAGAAGGAAGAACACUUGUAUUAUUUCACUUGACAGCACAGCCUUAACCACAGCAUGUAGGGCUGAUGCUGCUCUAAAAAGUUUUUCAUAGAUCUACGUUCCAUUCAUCUUUGUUCAGUUGAUGAACCCACGGUACCAUGAAAUUCCCUUCUCCUACCCUAAGAUCCCAGGGAAAGUUGCUGCGUCAGGCAACCCCUUUUCCCCCCUCAUUGGUCUUUUGCCUACGAAAAUAAAUUAAAAUUCUCUUAUUUUGCUUCUAAGGCUCCUGCUAGCAACGAUGUUUUUCUCAUUCAGUUUUUGAUGCAAGUAUCACUACCCCUACAAACCUGACUAGGGAGAUCUAUCGCAGUCCUG